AGAACCUCUCCGCGCCGUCCCUCAGGGCUCCCGGCUCCUGCAGCAAAACCUAGCCCUAGCUGCUCGGCGCCCCCGCCCGAGGUGCGAGGCCGACAGCGACCGCCCGGCACCCGACGCUGCAGCGCUGUCCUGUGCCCGACCGCAGUCCACUUCGUGCUCCGGCCGUCACAUCGAGCAACGGCGCGAGCGCGGGUGUGUGACGCAGCUCACCACCGCCACUACUUGCCGGCCGGCUCACCACGGUUCCUCCCUGCGGUUCCACUGCCGCGUCCGGCGUGAGCUACCGGCCGUGCCUUGCGGAUCUUACUGCCGGCGGCGAGGUCCGGCCGGCGCGGUGCCCCCACACCCCACACACACCAAUGGAUCAAGGGAUGUCGUUGUCCAAGCCGUGCGCCAUGCCGGAGCGGCGAAUCGUGCCGGCUCCAGCCGCAUCCGGCAUCGGCGUUCUGCCCCUCGACGCCCUGCGCGAGAUCCUACUGCGCCUCCAGACUAAGGAGCUCUGCCGCCUCCGCCUGGUCUGCCGGCAAUGGCGGUCCCUCCUCUCCGACCCGAACUUCGCCGCGGCCCACGACGCGCGCCAUCAGGCGGUGCUCAUCAUCGCUGGCUACAAUGACAACGCGGGGCGCGACGUGCUGGUGGAUAUCAUGGAUCUCUCUGGGCAAAUCAUCAAGAAGGUGCACGGGAUGGAGGGUGACAGAGCCGCGAGCGUGAGCCUUGACUGCAUCUUCGUUAGGAAAAUCGAUGACAGCUGCAGCAGCUACAGACUGUUCAACCCUGUGCGGGAAGAAUUGUUUUACUUACCAGACAAAUUACUUGAUCCGGCUACUGGGGCUGUGUAUCGCAUACCAGACAACUUUGCAGAAGAGCAUGUGGAACUCUCUUCGAACUUGAUCGAGCCCAAGUAUCUGUUUGGACAGGUCGCCUGCACAGGGGAAUACAAGAUAUUUCGGAUGCUAUUCCAUUUUUCCAUUGGGAUCGGACGUCGGCAGAUGUUUGAGGUCUGCACACUCAACAGUAGCAGCUGUGCAGGGUGGAGAGCGGCGCCGCUUGAAGAAGCCAUUCAGAUGGGUAGGUUUACCAGUGUGGUAAUUAACGGGGUUGUCUACUGCUUAUGUUUUCAUGCACACCAUUCUAUCGCUUUUGAUAAACAAGUUAGUGAGAAAGAUUUGAUAUUUACAUUCGACCUUGAGACUGAGGCAUGGGGGCCGUCUAUCCGGGGUCCCCCGAUCACCUUUCCUGAUGAUGCUAAUCUGAUGUUCAACGAGCUUGAUUAUGAUGUGAUGAUCAUCAGCGACAAGUACACACAGUUCAGGUGCAGCAAGCUCUGGGAGAUCGGCAAUCCGAGAACCAACACACUUACUGAUUCAGUGGAGUCAAAGCAUUUCUCUGCAGUUGCUAGGUACACAGGAAACCUAUUGAGCUUAAAGUGCUGAGUACUAAUGAGGUUUUGUCCUAGUUAAGGUUAUUAAAAGUUCAAAUAUGAACUUCAUUUUAGAUCCUGAUGCCAUAAUGCUCCUAUCCAGGCAGGCUCAAAAAUGUGAUGGCUCUUUCUUAAGCGGCUAUGCCUUUCUCAAAUAACUGAAGGAAUAUAUGAACUAGGUUCUUUUGAUGAAUAAUGUCAAAAGGAAGUAUUAUGUUCUUCUGUUGAGUAUACAUGGCAGAAGGAAUGGACAAUCCAUGCUAUGGCUAUGCUAUGCAGCUUGGUUGAUUCCAACAGAACUGCAAAUGUUUUUUUUUAUUUUUUUCCUUUUUUGCUAGGCUAUUUUUCUUUUCUAUUACAUCAACGGGCACAACUAUGUGCAUUGUAUAUAUUGAUUUAUUUGGAUUAAUUUUUCAAUUUUCUUUGGU